GGAAAACCUACAGACUCAGCAUUGGUGCUAUUUAAAAAUCCCAUCAAUGUUUAUGUUGACUUAAUGUCGGUUUGAAGGUUCCCGUACAUAUCAAUAGUCGGUCAGCCACGAAACUUCCAAUUUCGAGCAUUAUACAUAUAUAUACCAUGCCGGGAUGUCGAUUGUCUGCUAUGUUUUUGUUCCGGCCAGGUGUAUAUUGUUGAUUCUCGAUGUUUGAAAUAUUCCAUAUUUGGAGCACGUGCAUCAUUUAAUGACUAUACAAUAUAAUUCGAAUUAAUGUUUUGGGCAUAAAAAAUGGAGGUGUACUGGAACAAACUGACGUUGGAUAAACCACCAACGACGUCGUGGCGGUGUACAACUAAUGACUUUGAUGUCAAGAAUUUUGCAAAAGAUAUAAGAAGAGUAAUGAGCGAUUUGACAUCACAAACAGUGCUUGGAACAGAAGCAGCUUUGUUGAGUCGUUUAAUUUAUAGAAUGAAAAGUAAAUUAAGAAAUGACAAAGGGUUGAAAAAUAUGGAAAAAGUGAAUAGAGCUCUGUUGAAUUAUCACCGUCUGUCUCUGGAUAAGGAAUACCAAUAUUUGAGCAGCGGAAUUGAAUGCGAAGACCUUAUUAUAGUUUUGCCUUCGAGACAAAUGCUACAGUACGUUCUUGUCAGAACUCAAGGAUUUGGAAAACUCAUGACAAGGAUAGAACAAGUCGCUCAAGAGGCUGGAAAAUAUUUUAGAUCGAGAAUAAUUCUUGGACAAGCUUGGAACAUGUCCAUCGUUGCUUAUGCAGUCAUCGGUAGAAUUUGGCUACUGUCACGUUACUUGACAAGAAAAUGCUGUAAUUGGUACAAUAGAAUAUACCAAUAUCACAACGAGCUAAAAAUGAUUGGUGUUCCUUGGCUCCCUGCAAAUUAUGCUUUCCCGGACGAUCUUCAAACGUGGCUCAACAUUCCAUGGGUCAAUGAAGAUUCUGACAAAAUUCUCGUGAACGAGGGCCUGUCGAACCGAAUAUUCGACUUGAUAGGACAUUGCACGGAUACAGAAGAAGAUGUGGAUUUCAAUUCGCAGAAUAGCGAAAACCUGGACAACUUGGAAUGUUCAGCCAUAAUCCAGUCCCCCGAAGUCGAAUCGGCGGUAGAACAACACACUCUCCCUGGGGUUGAAUUACCAAAUAAAAUCAAUUCGCCUGCUGUAAUGCCUGAAGAAUUUGGACAACGUAUAAACCGAGAUCGAUACGUCGCAAACAUUGAAAAAAUGAUUACGAAUCCGGAUUUUUCUGCAAAAAGCACAAUAAAGGACAUGACAGCGUCAGAAAUAGUUCCUGCCAUUCGAGCCAAGGAUACAACAAAGCGGAAAGGGAAUAAGAAAUCGAAGGCUAAAGUGACCAUCCCUAACAAUAUCAACACGAAAAAAGACGUGUUGAAGUUCAUAAGCUUAGAAUCUUAUCCAGGUUUGGAUAAAUCACGUUGGAAAAUCGUAAAAAAAAACGUAAAGAAAUUAUUAUUGAAAUUAGCCGAAUACGAGAAGAACUCGCAGACGAAGAAACACGAUAUAUUAUUCAAAAGAAUGAUUCAAUGUAUACGAGAGUGGACGACAUGAUGACAAAUAGAAAAUUUUACUCUGUUAGAAUUUUUCAAGCCCUGCGCACAUGGAAUAAAAUUUUUUAAUUAUCGCUGGAGAAA